CCCAAACCACUUCAGCACACACACAUAACCCACCCGAUAAUCAAUAUUCUGAUCACCACCGUUUCAGCGGCUAACAAUGUCUCUGAUUUCUCAGCUUAUGGGGAACGAGAUCUUGGACCCGUUCCUGUCGGUGGUCAACAAGUGCCCGGUGCUCAACACCCCGACCGACUGGAAGGAGACCCCGGAGGCUCACGUGUUCAUCGCCGACCUCCCGGGGCUGAAGAAGGAGGAGGUGAAGGUGGAGGUUGACAGCGACGGGUACCUGGAAAUCAGCGGGGAGAGGAAGGCGCCAGAGGACAAAGAAGCCGAGGACAGAGAUGGCAAGAAGAGCGAGGCCGAGAAGUGGCACAGGGUAGAGCGUUUCCGGGGCAAGUUCUCGAGGCGGUUCAGGCUGCCGAGGAAUGCGAAGAGGGAGGAGAUCAAGGCGUGCAUGGCGGAUGGGGUGCUCACCGUCAUCGUGCCCAAGGUGGAGGAGAAGAAGCCCGAGGUCAAGAGGGUUGAGAUCCAUUGAUGAUAGAUCGACUGUGGUGUGAUCUUGUGUCUGUGUGUGUGUGGAAUACUUCUUGAAUCUGUGUUUUGUGCUACUGUCGUGUUUUGGGACCGAGUUGAUGCAUGUAACUUAUCAAUAAGUUUGCUGAUCUCUUGUUUCUGUAUUAGUCUGUGAAGUUGUGUCA